AUGAGCAAUCACUACGCAAGAGGGCGAUUUCCGUCAGGGAUCCACAACAGCCGCGGCGGCGGCGGCGGCGGAGGAGGAGCUCGGAAUCCCAAUUACCAGAACCGGAACCAGCAUUUUCAGCAGAUGCAGCAACCGUAUCCGCAGCGAGCCGCUCAGAAUCAGCUGCAGCAAUGGGCGAGGCGAAACCCUAGUAGAGCCAACGUAUCCGAUUCGCCUAACAUACUUGAAAAGCCUGAAGCGAUCGGUUCCACCUCUCAAGAUUGGAAGGCGCGUUUGAAUACUCCACCCCCAGACACUCGUUACAAGACAGAGGAUGUAACUGCAACAAAAGGAAAUGAAUUUGAAGAUUAUUUUCUGAAACGUGAGCUAUUGAUGGGCAUCUUCCAAAAGGGGUUUGAAAGACCUUCUCCUAUCCAGGAGGAAAGUAUUCCCAUUGCUCUCACAGGAAGUGAUAUUCUUGCCAGAGCCAAAAAUGGGACAGGAAAAACUGCAGCAUUCUGCAUUCCCGCACUUGAAAAAAUCGAUGUCGUUAUCCGUAGCAUUCAAGUUGUUAUCCUUGUUCCCACAAGGGAAUUAGCUCUUCAGACUUCCCAAGUGUGCAAGGAAUUGGGAAGAUACUUGAAAAUUCAGGUUAUGGCUACCACAGGGGGUACCAGUCUCAGGGAUGACAUAAUGAGAUUAUAUCAACCAGUACAUUUACUCGUAGGAACUCCCGGUAGGAUACUUGAUCUUACCAGGAAAGGGAUAUGCAAUUUGAAGAAUGUUUCAAUGCUUAUCAUGGAUGAGGCUGACAAGCUAUUAUCCCCUGAAUUUCAACCAUCCGUAGAGCAACUGAUUGCAUUCCUUCCACCCACUCGGCAGAUAAUGAUGUAUUCAGCCACAUUUCCCAUUACCGUGAAGUUUUUUAAGGAUCGACAUAUGAACAAUCCCUGUGUCAUCAAUCUCAUGGACGAGCUAACGCUCAAAGGUAUCACUCAGUACUAUGCUUUUGUGGAAGAAAGACAGAAAGUGCAUUGCCUCAAUACACUCUUUUCUAAGCUCCAAAUUAACCAGUCAAUAAUAUUCUGCAAUUCUGUGAACCGUGUGGAGCUUUUGGCGAAGAAAAUCACAGAACUUGGGUACUCUUGUUUCUACAUUCAUGCUAAGAUGGUUCAGGAUCAUCGCAAUCGAGUAUUCCAUGAUUUCAGAAAUGGCGCUUGCCGGAAUCUUGUUUGCACUGAUUUAUUCACAAGAGGAAUUGAUAUUCAGGCUGUCAAUGUGGUCAUAAACUUCGACUUCCCCAAGAACUCCGAAACUUAUCUGCACAGGGUGGGUCGUUCCGGCAGAUUUGGACAUCUUGGAUUGGCUGUGAAUCUGAUCACUUACGAAGAUCGGUUCAACUUAUACCGGAUUGAGCAGGAGCUCGGCAUAGAAAUAAAUCAUAUUCCUCCGGUGAUCGAUGAAGCAGUGUAUUGUCGCUGACAAGCGUGGAUUGACAUCAUCCAUGGCCAUGGGAGCGGAGCUAAUUCAUAUCAAAAUCAUCAGUGUUUUUGGGUUUGGGAUGAGAUAGAUUGAUUGAUUACAAGAAGAUAUAUAUAUAUAUAUAUAUAAUAUAAUACUAUUGGUACUGUGUGUCUUCUUGUCCAGAAUU